AUGGCUAAGAAGUUGGAUAUGAUUAAAGAUAUUGAUAGCAGGAGGGAGACCCUGAAACUUGGUGUGAGAGUGCUUGAUUUGUGGUAUAUUCAUAACCGUGAAUCCAAUGUGCACCUUGAAAUGAUUUUGAUUGAUCAAAAGGGGGACAAGAUACAUUGCAUAGUUAAGAAGGACGAAUUUGAUAUCUGGGAUGGUAAGUUGAAGGAAGGCGAUACAUAUAUCAUGUACAAUUUCAAAAUUGUGAAAAAUGAUGGUCAGUAUAGAGUGUGUGAACAUCCUUUUAAAUUGUUGUUUAUCGGAGCCACUUCUGUCCGUCCCCAAGCUAUUGCAAAUGUACCUAAAAAAGUUUACCAAUUUCGAAGUAUAAAAGAGGUAGUGGCUGGUAAUUUGUCUCCGGAUUUGUUGAUUAAUAACGUCAAAACUAAGGCGCAAUCUAAAAAUGUUGUUUUUAGUUUGAUGGAUCCAAGGUAUAAUGACAAUCCGAAUACAGACAAGUUGGUUAUGAUUCUUACUCAAGCCAAGGUUAAAGCAGCUACAGGGGAAUGGCCAGUGUUUGUGUCCAAUACAUGGAAUGGGACCAAAUUACUUAUGGAUGAUGAUAUUCCUGAAAUUAUGCAAUUCAAACAACGGUUAAAUGAAAUCUCUGCUGAUGAAUUAACAAUAAUGAGUCAAUCUGGUAGUCAACUGACUCAGUCCUCCCAAUACAGUGAUGCUGAAAGGUUUGUUUAUAAAUGUUUAGUGAAGAGCAUUUCUGAAAUUCCAUUGAUAAAAAAGGAAAUCAUGUGUGUUACUGUGGCCACAACUAUUAAGUUUAGUCUUGAUAACGAUGGGUGGUACUCCUUGGUUUGUAAUCAUUGCAACAAAAGAACUAAUGAAACUGGUCCUUUCAAAUGCACUUAUUGUGAUCAAGAAAACAACAUUCCCAUGUUCAAGUAUAAACUUCAGUUACAAGUUUGUGAUGAUGCAUUUAAUUAUGCUAACUUUGUGGUGUGGGAUCAAGAAUGUAGAAACAUUAUUGGUAUUUCCGCUGAAGAAUUGCAAAAGAAAAUGAUAAAGGUGGGUGAAGAUGAUCCCAAGUGCUUUCCUGAUGACUUGGAUGUAAUGUUAGGCUGUACUCUUGCCUUCAAAGUUCGAACCCAACCAAGGAACAGAUGUGCCUUUGUCAUUAAAGUGUCUGACUUACCUAAAAUAAUCAAUUACAUUAAGAAGCUUAUACAACCCAUACAACUUGCUGAGUGCAGUCAUAAGAACAUAAUUGAUCUAGGAGGUGAUACUUCCAGUGGCAUGAUUGCUGAAUUUCGUUCAAAAAGGGUUUGCAAUUUAGCAGCAGACACUGAAAAUGACUUGAUGAGUUUGAGUGGAACAGCUGACAAUGAUCCUGAUAAUUCUUCUUUGGGUACUCCAUCAAAGAGAAUCCUUCCAAAUAGUGGUGUUUCUGUAGAAUCGUCUCAGGACAUAGAGUCUGGUGAACUAUCAGCUACCAAGCCCAUGAAGACCAUCAAGAAGGAAAUCGAGUGA